GGCGGGGCGCGGGCGAGCGUGUGUGGCGGGGGAAGCCAUUGCCUGUUUAAUAGUUGCUGCUGCUGCACUUCCGCUUCUCUCCCGGCGAGAGAGAGACACGAGUGGCCAGGCCCAGCCGCAGCCGCAGCAGCAGCCGCCGCGGCGGCACGGAGCAGCCAGACACAAAGAGAGGGGCUGUUUGCGGGGUGGGGCGGGGGGUUCGCUAUGUCGGAUGACGAUUCGAGGGCCAGCACCAGCUCCUCCUCGUCUUCGUCCUCCAACCAGCAAACUGAGAAAGAAGCAAACACCCCCAAGAAGAAGGAGAGCAAAGUCAGCAUGAGCAAAAACUCCAAACUACUCUCCACCAGCGCCAAGAGGAUUCAGAAGGAGCUGGCGGACAUCACUCUAGACCCUCCGCCCAACUGCAGAAGAUCAUCUGAAAGAGAAGCAGAAAAAGGCGCAGGAGAAACUGCGGAGCUGGGUGGAAGAGGCGCCCUGGACUUUGCCAUCACUCCGGACACACCUGGCCUGCCCUCCCCUGUGCUCCCUCCGUGGCGGCCCACCUGGGGUUUGGGCUGUAGAGUAAUUUUGAAAACAGUUUUGCCAAGAAAAUACCUUUGGAAAAAAUCGUGUAUCGUUAAACUCGUUCUCUGGCCCUUCAGAAGCCUUUGUUUUCUGCGCUUUCCUUCCCCUCCCUGCUCUUGGUCUCUCUCCUGAUUUCUUUCUGGGGCGUAAUUGACACGCAGCAUAUUAGCUUCAGGAAGGCAGCACAGUGACUGGAUGUUGGUGUGUGCUCUGAAAUGAUCAGCGCAGCAAGUCCAGUUAACGUGGUAGCGUGCGUGGUUCCCGGUGAGUCUCCCUGGGGUGAGGACUUCUGAGAUGCACUCUCCUAGCAGCUCUCAGCGUGCGGCGGUGGUGGCUGCAGCCUCCAUGCUGUCUGUGACCCCCUGUGCAUUCUUGCUGAGAACUUGUGCUUUCUGACGCCCUCACCCAGUCUGUUGUGUCUGUGAGCUUGGUGUUGGGGUGUUCGAUUCCACGUGUCAGUGAGGUCACGCGCUGUCUGUCUUGCUCUGUCUGACUUGGCUCAGCAUCGUGUGCUCAGGUCCAUUCACAGGACUGCAGUCUUUUCACGGCAGAGUAACGUUCCUCUCUGUGCGCUGACGCAUCUUCGUGCAUCUCUCAAGGGGGCACUUAGGUGUUUCUGUAUCCUGGCUGUUGUGAAUAACGCUGCAGUGGACCUGGCGUACAUUUAGACAAUCCCAGAAGUGGAAUUCCCAGAUCAUAGGAUAGUUCUAUUUUUAGUUUUUUGAGGAAGUUCCAUCCUCAACAACUGUCUUCCUUCCCACCAACAGUACACAAGGUGGGACCCUUUAUUCCUUUUUUUUUUUUUAAAUUGAAGUGUGGUUAUUCACAAUACUAUGUUUCAGGUAUAGUAGUUCAAUAUUUUUAUAAAUUAUAUUGCAUUGAAAGUUACUACAUGUAAUAGCUUGUUUCCUGUGCUGCCCAGUAUAUCCUUGGUGCUUAUCUCUUUUAUACAUGGUGAUCUGUAUCUUAAUCCCACACCUCUAAUUUCCCCCAUAUGCCCCUCCCAACUGGUAACCCCUCACUAGUUCUCAGUACCUGUGGGUCUGUUUCUGUUUUGUUACAUGCAUUCUUUUUUUUUUUUUUUUUUUUAGAUUUCACAUGAAAGUGAUAAUGUAGAAUAUUUGCCUUUUUCUGUCUGACUUAUUUCACUAAGCAUAAUACCCUGUGGUCUAUCCAUGUUGUUGCAAAUGGCAGAAUUUCAUUCUUUCUUAUGGCUCAGUAAUAAUUCCGUUGUGUAUUGUACAUCUUUAUCCAUUCCUCUGUUGAUGGACCCUGAGGUUGCUUCCAUAUCUUGACUCUUGUGAAUAAUGCUGCAGGGAGCACUGGGGUGCAUGUAUCUUUUUGAAUUGUGGCUUACUCUGGGUCUGUGCCCGGGAGUGGGGUUGUUGGGUCCUGUAGUAGUUCUUAGUUUUUCAGGGACUCUCCACUCUGCUGUCUGCAGUGGCUGCCCCAGUUUACACCCACCCACUGUGCGUGAGCAUUGCCUUCUUCCACACCCUCACCAGCACUUGUUACUUGUAGACUUUCAGAAUGUGGCCAUUCUGAUGGGUGUGAGGUACUGUUUCAUUGUAGGUUUGAUUUGCAUUUCUCUGAUGAUUAGUAAUGUUGAGCAUCUUUUAAUGUUCCCGUUGGUCAUCUGUAUGUCUUUGGAAAAAUUUCUGCUCAGGUCUUCUGCUCAUUUCUUAAUAGCAUUUUUUGAUACUGAGUUGUAUUAGCUGUUUGUUUAUUAGUGCUGUCUGUUUCUUAAAUGCUUGAUCUCUGGACCAUGCUUGGGCCAUGCUUUAGUCUAGUUCAGUGAGCCCUGCAGGAUGAUAUUCAAUUUUAUUCUCAACUCUUUGCGUCAGGUCUUCUGAUAUCCCCUUGACAGGACCACGGAUGGGUGUAGCAUCUCAGUUGUUAGAUACUGUAAAUAGAUUUACGUUUCACAGAUGUCGGUAGUCUAAUUGCCCAGUUCCCAUUAUAUAUGCAAAAA